GCACACGUCGCAUUUGGUCCCUGGCAGCGUCCCCACCAUCACCAUCACCCCCUGACGCAGCUGACCCGAGACCCGCCGCGCGCCUCUCUGUCUCUCGCCGCCCGCCCAGCGCUCGCUCCCACCGCUCCGCCGCCCCCUCCCUGCCCCAGUCAUGAUGCUUUGCCCUGGCCACUUGGUCGUCGCCCUGGCACUGGCCCUGGCCCUCACCCACGCCCUGCCCGCCAAGGAGGCCAGCGCCAUGCAGAAGGAGGUUGCAUCGGGCCAUGACGGAGGGCGGUUGCAGAAGAGGGCCGCCGCUGCCGCUACCGAUACUAGCCAAGAGGAGCUCGCCGCCCUAAAGGAUCUCAUACUCUCGCGAAUGGCUGCCGAGCUGGAGGACUCUUGGCAGGACCUUCCCUCCUUCAAGCGUGACCUCAUGAAGGGGGAGGGCGGCGAUCUGGACGAGGAGGAGGACGAGGGGGAGGAGGGGGGCAGCAGGCGGGGGGAGAUGAAGAAGAGGAUGUUCGCCCCCCUCUCAGGCCUGCCGGGGAACCUUCACACCAUCAAGAGACAGAUUCGGUACCAUCAGUGUUACUUCAACCCCAUCUCUUGCUUCAGGCGGAAGUGAGUCAGUCUCCGAAACUCUGACAUCGUGGCCGGCCGCUGACGUCACUCCCAGCCUCGUGACGUCAGGGCCCACCGCGGCGCGUCAGCCUCCCCCGCGCGGCGCCACACACGGACCUAGCGCGACGUGACCCUCUCCUCCUCCCUCUGUGGCACAACACCGCGCAGAGCAGAGCAACAGAGCAGUGGUGUCCUCCUGAGUAGCUGUGUGUGUGUGUGUGUGUGUGUGUGUGUGUGUGUGUGUGUGUGUGUGUAUACUUCCUUCGUCUGAGUUGCUGUUUCGGGGUCUGUAACAUUCCUUUGAAGUUAUGGAUUUUUUGUUGUUGUUGUUAUCAUAGACUUCCCACCAUAAAGUUCACAUGAUGGAAUAAGACUCAGAUUACUUAAAAAAAACAGUUCCCAAUACUUAUUCCCCCUCCCCAACCUCCCAACCCCUCAAAAAAGGGAAGAAAAAAAACAAUUAGGGGAAAGUCUCACACAGAACCUUCAAUAUUUGGCAUCGAAACGUUCUAUUAUGUUCAUUAUAAUAAUUAAUUUAUAUAGAGAGCGAUUUAUUUACUCAUUUCUUUAUAUAUUAAUUUAUUUGGCAUAUUCGCUAAGCUUCCCUAUCAACGAGGAAUCAAAGAGAGUGGGCGAAGGCUGCGUUUUCUUUUCUUUAACCCAUAACUUUAGGCUGGAGGCGGCCGGCGAGUGUCAGGCUGCAUGUUGUCUUCUCUUAGUUCGAUUCCCUUGUUUAUCUUUUGCUUUCGGUGGACUCCAAAGCGGCUCAGAGCGAAGGUAGAUCCCGUGUGUGUGUGUGUGUGUGUGUGUGUGUGUGUGCAAGUAGCAAGUCAGUCGGUCGUCAGAUUCGAUGAGAAAUAACCAUCUCGUUACAUUAAUUAUUCAUGGCGAUGGAUUCAAGUAAAGUGAAGCUUCAAACUGAAUAUGGGUGUUUGUGAAGCCUUGUGUGUGUGUGUGUGUGUGUGUGUGUGUGUGUGUGUGUGUGUGUGGCGACAGAAGCGAUAAUUAAUCAUUUGCAACCCGACGCCUGAUUAUCCAGCCCUGGUUAGUGUACUGCAGCGUCUUCACGGCAGCAAGCAGCAACAAUAAUCCUUGCAAUGACUAAUAAUAAACAUGUGUGUAGAUCUUUCA